AAUCAAAAAUCUUUUUGGAAACGGUUAUCAACAGUGACAACUAGACGGAGGAAACAAGGCUCAACUUCUUUAAAGGAUGCACUCCUAGAUUUAGAAUGCCGAGAGUUUUCAAGAAUGAUGACAAUAUUUGGAAUCUUUUCACAAUCUUCCAUACAUUCUAAUAUUAAGAAAACUGAAUAUUAUAAAAGUAUUCUUAUAUAUUUAAAAGAACUUUCUAUUUUACGUAGAUCUACAGUGGUUGCUUUUGAUUCGGUAUAUGCAUUUCCAAAUAUUAA